GUAUUUUACAUCGUUCUACAUGCCAUCUACAAUAUCCGAUUUCACCCUCUUCACAAGUACCCUGGGCCGUGGUGGCUGGCGGCAAGCCGUAUACCAUACACAGUCUCAAUACUGCGAGGAACUGUGGUCCAAGAAACCCAAGCGCUUCACCAGAAGUACGGCCACGUUGUGCGCAUCAAUCCCGAUACUCUUUCAUUCACAUCGAGCCGAGCAUGGACUGCUGGGGUUAUUUCCAACACUCAUAUUCCCAAAGACCCCAAAUACUACACAAAGACACAAAGGGUGGCAUUCCUAACGUUUUUGGGUAACGUACAGGCAAUCUUCGGUAAAGGCAGUGACCGCCGGUUUCUAAAGAAUAGGUUAAAGUCAUCACACCAGGAGGACCACCUUCAAAGAUAUACAGCCCUCUUUAUCUACGGGCUUCAACAAUCACAGAGCCAGUCGGAAACAGGUAAAGUCGACCUCGGUUGCUGGAUCAACUUUCUUACGGCAGAUAUUGUAGGCGAAGUCAUCCUUGGUGACAGCUUUGGUUGCCUUGAGCGUGGCCAAAGUCAUCCUUGGCUCGCGGCCAUCCCAUGGGUCGUAAGAAUCUUCAAUUCUGUUGGAGAGUUGAGCCUGUAUCCAGGUGUGCUUCGGGUGAUUGAUACCGGGAAGCUACGGAAGACGUCGAUGACGGUAACGGCCAUCUCUAAGCGAAUUGAGAAACUGCCUCAUGGGUUCGAGUUUAUAUCACGUGGAACCGAGGCUACUGGACAAGAGAGAGUAUCACCUACUGAAAGGGAAGUCAUGGUGAUGGCUCUGAUCAUCGCUGGAAGCGAGACAAGAAACUGCCACCUUGCUCACAGGUUCAGUCUAUCUGCUUUUAAAGAACCCCAUAAUACUUCGAAGGCUCACUUUAAUGCUACGCACACAGUUCCACAGCAGUUCCGAAAUGACACUACUUGCCCUUCAAGGGCAGGAGUACCUCAAGCCGUCUUAAAAGAGAUUCUCCGCCUCUAUCCUCCUGCACCAGGAAAUCUAUUCCGUCGGACGGAGAAGGAAGGGCACGUUGUGAUGGGAGAAAUAAUUCCACCUGAUACUUGUCUUACCAUGCAUUUAUGGGCGGCCCACCGGUUUUCGCUGAACUUCCAUGCCCCGGAUGACAUGGCUCCUGAGAGAUGGUUCAAGACUCGCCCAGCCGAAUUUGAAGGGGAUGACAGGGCUACAAUGAAGCCGUUCAGCAUGGGACCGCAAAAUUGUCCCGGGGGGGACUUUGCUUGGGCCGAAAUACGCCUGGUUCUCGCGCACAUGCUAUGGCAUUUUGAUUUCGAUCUUGCGUCGGAAAGUGGCGGCUGGAUGAGCUGGCAAAAAGUGUUCGUCUUUUGGGAGAAGCCGCCUUUAAAAGUGAGGAUUACACCAGC